GUACGGGAGGUGAAGGCGCGGCACCAUGUUGGAUAAGGGAACAGCGGGACACCACGUGAUGAACGGGGGGGGAACAGCGGGGCUUAAAGGGACGCGGGAUGGGGCCGCCCGCGAUGCACAGCGCCCAGCGCCGCGGGGAGAGAGCUCACCAUGGUCAAUGAGAACCAGCAUGCCUGCAGUGCCAGUUCCAGCUCCAAGUCCGAUGGCGGCAGCAGCAGCGGGAGCGAGAGCUCCAAGGACAGCUCGCGCUGCUCCACUCCUGUCCUCGAUGCCGAGCGUCACGAGCGACUGCGGGAGAAGAUGCGCCGGCGGCAGGACUCCGGGGACAGGUGGUUCUCCCUGGAGUUCUUCCCUCCACGCACAGCCAAUGCUGCUGUCAAUCUCAUCUCCAGGUUUGACCGCAUGGCAGCAGGUGGUCCGCUCUUCAUUGAUGUGACGUGGCAUCCUGCAGGGGACCCAGGAUCUGACAAGGAAACCUCCUCCAUGAUUAUUGCUAACACCGCAGUCAACUACUGCGGCCUGGAGACCAUCCUCCACAUGACGUGCUGCAAUCAGACCAAGGAUGACAUCACAGGGCACCUGCAGAAGGCCAAGCGGCUGGGGCUGAAGAACAUCAUGGCAUUGCGUGGAGAUCCUGUUGGUGAGGAAUGGGAGGAAGAAGUACAUGGAUUCAAUCACGCUGUUGACCUGGUUAAGCACAUUCGCAGUGAAUUUGAUGAUUACUUUGACAUCUGCGUGGCAGGCUACCCCAAGGGUCAUCCUGAAGCAGAGAGCUAUGAAGCGGACCUGAAGCACUUGAAGGAGAAAGUCUUUGCUGGGGCAGACUUCAUCAUUACACAGCUUUUCUUCCGAUCAGAAACCUUUCUCAAGUUCAUGAAGGACUGUCAGGCCAUUGGCAUCACCUGCCCCAUUAUUCCUGGCAUCUUCCCCAUACAGGGCUACCACUCCCUGCGCCAGCUGGUGAAGCUCUCCAAGCUGGAAGUGCCCCAAGAAAUCAAAGAUGUGAUUGAACCCAUCAAGGACAACGAUGCAGCUAUCCGGAACUAUGGGGUGGAGCUGGCAGUGUCCAUGUGCCGGGAGCUGCUGGACAGUGGCAUGGUGCAUGGGCUCCAUUUUUACACCCUCAAUCGGGAAGUGGCUACUACUGAAGUCCUUAAGCGCCUUGGCAUUUGGAAUGAGGACCCUAGGCGACCUCUGCCUUGGGCAGUCAGUGCUCAUCCCAAGAGAAGAGUUGAAGAUGUUCGGCCAAUCUUCUGGGCCUCUAGGCCAAAAAGCUACAUCUAUCGAACUCAAGAAUGGGAUGACUUCCCCAAUGGUCGAUGGGGUAACUCCUCUUCUCCAGCCUUCGGGGAGCUGAAGGACUAUUACCUCUUCUACCUGAAGAGCAAGUCUCCCCGUGAGGAGCUCCUGAAGAUGUGGGGAGAAGAACUGACUAGUGAGGAAAGCGUCUUUGAGGUUUUCACAUGUUACAUCACCGGAGAGCCCAACAAGAAUGGACACAGGGUUACGUGUAUGCCCUGGAACGAUGACCCUCUUGCUACUGAAACCAGCCUUCUGAAGGAGCAGCUGGAGAAGGUCAACAGACGGGGAAUCCUGACCAUCAACUCCCAGCCAAACAUCAAUGGCAAACCAUCCACAGACCCCAUUUUUGGCUGGGGACCUAGUGGAGGUUAUGUUUUCCAAAAGGCCUACCUAGAGUUCUUCACCUCCAGUGAGAUCGUCACAGCACUGCUCAAAGUGUUGAAGAAGUACGAGUUGCGGGUGAACUACCACAUUGUCAACGUCAAGGGCCAGAAUAUCACCAAUGCCCCUGAUCUGCAACCCAAUGCUGUCACCUGGGGCAUCUUUCCAGGCAGAGAGAUAAUCCAGCCCACUGUGGUGGAUCCUGUAAGCUUCCUUUCCUGGAAGGAUGAGGCCUUUGCUCUGUGGAUUGAGCAGUGGGCCAAGCUCUACGAAGAGGAGUCACCCUCUCGCAUGAUCAUCCAGUACAUCCAUGACAAUUAUUAUUUGGUCAACCUGGUGGACAACGACUUCCCACUUGAAAACUGCCUCUGGCAGGUAGUGGAUGAUACUUUUGAGCUGUUGAACUCUCCACCUCAGCAGUGAAAAACUCCCCUUCAACUCCCUUACUCUUCCCUUCCAUCUACUGCCUGCAAGGAGAGAAAAAGCAGCUCCUGUCAGGAUGCUGGACCAUGUGCUCCUAAACCCAGUGAGCAUUGCUGCUCAGAGCCAGGCAGUUCUGAUCAGCCCCCACUACAAGCUCUUCUAUCCUCAACACAAACGUUCCCUCUCCCUUUCCACUGAACAGCAGCCAGAACCAUCUGUAUUUCUGAGCUGAGACUCUCAGCUGAGCUUGAAGGCCAGCUCUGCAGCAUGGAGGGGUGCUUACCAUGGUUACGUUGAUUACAGCUCGUAGGAGAAACCUUGCACGCCAAUGUGGUACAGCUCAGUGGAAGUCUGGUAACUUUCUUCUGCAAGGUAUGCUGCUUUGGGGAGCAGAAACACUCUCGUCAGCAACAUCUAUGCAAGGAAGCUAUUGCAGAAGUUAGCAGCCAUGAAAAGAAGCUCAAGCUGCUUUUAUAUUGCACUCCGAAGAUGUACUGCAUCAUAACUAAUAUCAGACUCUUUUGUGCUCACUCCAGAAAAAGGUUCAAUUUUUCCUAACUUCUCUUACUGUAAUUUUUUUAAUAGGAAUAUGAAUUCCACUUCUGGCUGUGAUCAAAUAAGAAUCACUACUAAGAGUACAAUAAACUACACAUAUACAGA